AUGCUGUCCCGAAAGAAAACGAAAAACGAAGUGUCCAAGCCGACCGAGGUGCAGGGGAAGUACGUGAAGAAGGAGACAUCGCCUAUGCUACGGAAUCUUAUGUCUUCAGUCAUCCGGCAUGGUCCAACAAUUCCAAGACGAACUGAUAUCUGUCUUCCAGAUUCAAGCUCUAAUGCCUUUUCAGCUUCUGCAGAUGGAGUAGUUUCAAGAAACCCGAGUUUCCUUAGAACUCCAAUUCAAAGAACACCUCAUGAAAUAAUGCGAAGAGAAAGCAACAGAUUAUCUGCACCUUCUUUUCUUGCCAGGAGUCUAGCAGAUGUCCCUGGAGAAUAUGGCUCUUCUCAGUCAUUUUUAACAGAUGUUAAUUUUGCUGUGGAAAAUGGAGACUCCAGUUCCCGAUACUAUUAUUCAGAUAAUUUUUUUGAUGGUCAGAGAAGACAGCUGCUUGGAGAUCGUGUACAUGAAGACUAUAGAUAUUAUGACUACAACCAUGAUGUUUUCCAAAGAAUUCCACAGAAUCAGGGGAGGCAUGCUUCAGGUAUUGGGAGAGUUGCUGCUACAUCUUUAGGAAAUUUGACUAACCAUGGUUCUGAAGAUUUACCCCUUCCUCCUGGCUGGUCUGUGGACUGGACAAUGAGAGGAAGAAAAUAUUAUAUAGAUCAUAACACAAAUACAACUCAUUGGAGUCAUCCUCUUGAGAGGGAGGGGCUUCCUCCAGGAUGGGAGCGAGUUGAGUCAGCAGAAUUUGGCAUCUAUUAUGUAGACCACAUAAACAAGGAGGCUCAAUACGGGCAUCCCUGUGCUCCUAGUGUACCUCGGUAUGAUCAACCUCCUCCUGUCACAUACCAGCCACAGCAAACUGAAAGAAAUCAAUCCCUUCUGGUACCUGCAAAUCCGUAUCAUACUGCAGAAAUUCCUGACUGGCUUCAGGUUUAUGCUCGAGCCCCUGUAAAAUAUGACCACAUUCUGAAGUGGGAGCUCUUCCAGCUGGCUGACCUGGACACAUACCAGGGAAUGCUAAAAUUGCUUUUUAUGAAAGAACUGGAACAGAUUGUUAAAAUGUAUGAAGCUUACAGACAAGCUCUUCUCACAGAGCUGGAAAACCGCAAGCAGAGAAAGCAAUGGUAUAUCCAGAAACAUGGCAAGAAGUUUUAA